AUUUCGUAAUAUGCGGAAUAGCUCUAGCAGAAAUACGGGGGGGUUUGGAGUGUAGAGGCGAAGAAGACACUUUGAGCAACAGCGAUGGCCAUCCGUACGACCAUCAACCGCCGAGCAAAAGAGUGAAGCUCCGAAGGGUUUGAAGCCUCUGUCACUGAAGUUGUUGAUAAGAAAGGUUCCUUAUCAUUAGGUAGGAUGGCAACCGAAAGUCCUGUGAGAAUGGUGGAAAGCAGUAGAGGUGGAGAGUGGCCAUCGACUAAGGAUACUGCAACUUUUGGAUCUCCAUUAAGAAGUAUGGCAGCGGAGGAGUUGGGCUUACUCAUGAAAGGACAUGGUUUACACAGAGAUCAAUCAGACUUAAUCCCCAACCGAAGUGGUAGUGCUCCACCAAGUAUAGAGGGUUCAUUUGCAGCCAUCAGAAACCUGUUAAAUCAACAGAAUGUGAAUGUGAAUCAGAACUUUGCGAGUUUAACGAACACUCUGAAGAAUUUUGAGUCUGAGGAACAACUGCGGUCUGACCCAGGUUAUUUGGCAUACUACUGCUCUAAUGUGCACUUGAAUCCAAGACUGCCUCCGCCCCUUGCUUCAUUAGAGAAUCGUCACUUGUUACACCGUAUUGCUGGUUCUGGUAAUAAUUAUAGAUUGACCUCACAAGAUGAUAGUGGCAAUGGAUCCUUGCAUUUGUUUCGAGGUUCUCUUUCUACUCACAAGGAAGAGAGUGAAGAGGAUAGUUCAUCCAAGCAAGCUUCAGAUAAUUUGGAAGAAAAUGACUCUGCACUCUUUACUGGAAAGAACAUGGCUUCUUUAGCAAGUCGUCAUAAAAGUUUGGUUGAUCUUAUACAGGAAGACUUUCCCCGUACACCAUCUCCAGUGUAUAAUCUGUCUUGUUCCUCAAGCCAUGCAACGACAGAUGAACUGGUUGAUAAUGAUAUGAAUGCAACGAUGAACAUUUCUUCCAUUGACAUGUCAAAAGUACCAGAAUCAAAUGCAGGCUCUGUUGAUGUUUGUCCAGAGAAAAGUGCCCUAGAUAUGCAUGCUAUUAGGUUAAUACCUAGCGAUGCUUCUUUUACAACUUAUCCUGAUGAAACAGGGAGCCCACUUAAAGAUGAAUCAAAAGAUAAAGCUCCCAAUGUGGAGAAUAAUGCAUCAGUUAGUGGUACCUUGAGGUUGGAUGUUACCAGAAUGGAACCCAGAAAGAAAGGAACUAAUAUGGAGAUUACUAAGAGCCAACAAGAAGAGCAGCAGUCUUAUGGGAGAAAUGCGCCAAAGCUCCAUCUGUCUACACAACAAGGCCUUCAAUAUCAAGUUCAGGGGGUACAGGCUCAAGUAAUUUCUCAAGGAAUGAAUCAUUUGGAAAGUGGCAUGGAAAGUCUUACCCUCGGUCAUCCUAAGUUCUCCUCUGUGGAUGUGCAGCCGCCAUUGCAUUCACCUGGAUUUGCACCUCCCUUUUAUGCAACAGCAGCAGCAUAUACGACUUCGGGAAACCCAUUUUACCCCAAUUUUCAACCAUCUGGUCUAUAUGUCCCACAAUAUGGUUUAACAGGUUAUGCUUUGGGUUCAACACUGCUGCCCCCAUUUAUGGCUGGGUACCCUUCUCAUGGUGCUCUUCCUCUGCCAUUUGAUGCAACUUCUAGUCCAAGCUUCAAUGGUCGAACUGCUGGUCUUUCAACAGGAGAAGGCAUUCCCCAUUUAGGUGAUAUGCAACACCAAAGCAAGUUCUAUGAGCAGCAUGGCUCAAUGAUGCAAACUUCCUAUGUAAACCCUCUUCAUAUGCAAUACUAUCCACGUCCUUUGCAGGAUGCUUAUGGUGCUUCAGUUCAGCACAGUCAGUUCACAUCAAGAGGCGUCAUUGGGGGCCAGUUUUCACAAGAGUCAACUUUUGCAACUUAUAUGGGUGAUCAAAAAUUCCAGUCUCCAACAAAUGGUAGUCUGAGUAUUCCAAGCCCAAGAAAAGUGGGUGGUUAUGGAAAUCCACCAGUCAUGGGUGUCAUGCAGCAAUUUCCUGCCUCACCACUUGCUAGUCCAGUAAUGCCAUCAUCUCCUGUUGGCAGAACAAAUCAUCCGGGUCAUCAAAAUGAAAUGAGGUUUUCGCAAGGUUCAAUUAGGAGUACUGGAGUAUAUUCUGGAUGGUCAGGACAAAGGGGCUUUAACAGUGUUGAUGACACUAAAAGACGUUCUUUCCUUGAAGCACUGAAAUCCAGUAAUGCCCAGAAGUUUGAACUCUCUGAUAUAGAAGGGCGUAUAGUUGAAUUCAGUGUUGACCAACAUGGGAGUCGAUUUAUUCAGCAGAAGCUGGAACAUUGCAGUGCUGAAGAGAAGGCAUCUGUUUUCAGAGAAGUUCUUCCACAUGUUUCAAAAUUAAUGACUGAUGUUUUUGGGAAUUAUGUUAUUCAAAAGUUUUUUGAGCACGGAAGUUCAGAGCAGAGGAAGGAGCUAGCAAAUCAACUCUCUGGGCACAUGCUACCUUUAAGUUUGCAGAUGUAUGGUUGUCGUGUGAUCCAGAAGGCCCUUGAGGUUAUCGAGCUGGAUCAGAAAACACAACUUGUGCGUGAGCUUGAUGGACAUGUGAUGAAAUGCGUACGUGAUCAAAAUGGAAAUCAUGUAAUCCAAAAGUGUAUAGAAUGCGUUCCAGUGGAGAAAAUUGGAUUUAUAAUAUCUGCUUUUGAAGGCCAGGUUAAAACUCUUUCUACACAUCCUUAUGGUUGCCGUGUGAUACAGCGAGUUUUGGAGCAUUGUGCAGAUGAGCUUAGAUGUCAGUGUAUAGUGGAUGAGAUAUUGGAAUCUACUUGCGACCUUGCUCAAGACCAGUAUGGCAAUUACGUCACCCAGCAUGUCCUGGAGAGGGGGAAGCCCAAUGAAAGAAGCCAAAUUAUCGGCAAGUUGACAGGAAGAAUUGUACAAAUGAGUCAACAUAAGUAUGCAUCCAACGUUGUUGAGAAAUGUUUAGAGCAUGGUAAUCCUACUGAGCGGGAUCUUUUGAUUGAGGAGAUCCUUGGGCAGUCAGAGGAAAAUGAUAGUUUAUUGACAAUGAUGAAGGACCAAUUUGCAAAUUAUGUGGUCCAAAAGAUUCUGGAAACUAGCAAUGAUAAACAGAGAGAAGUACUGCUAAACUGUAUAAAAGUGAAUAUUCAAGCUCUGAAGAAAUAUACUUAUGGAAAACAUAUAGUUGCUCGAUUUGAACAGCUAUCUGGUGAAGAAAGCCAAACUUCAGAACCUGAAGGUGCUUAGGAUGAAAGGCUCGACAUGGAAAUUGGACAUUCUUCUUUUGGUUGCAGAAACAUUACAUUUAAGAAAUCUCUCUUUCACCAAGUAUUUAAAAAAAAAGAAAAAAAAAAAAAAGAAAAAAGAAAUAUGCUACAUCAGUAUCAGUUGCCGUUAGCAUUUUAUUAUAACAUUUGCAAGCAUAUGCAUGUCUCAUGCCUUUUGAAAAUUGUAUUUAUGUAUAUUAAUGUAUAGAAAUAAUUUAUGGUGAUGAAUCAAGUCAGAGUAAUCUUAUUGUCCUGAAAAUUUGAUGUGA